AUGUCGCUGCCUAAGAUCUGGUUCAGUUCCUCAUCCGGAUUCGGACGACAUAUGACCGAGCUCGCCCUGCAAAGUGGCGAUAUCGCAAUCGCUACGCUGCGGAGCCCCGCAGCGCUCGCAGAUCUCGCGUCCCAAUACGGCCCCGACAAGCUGCUCAUCCUCAGGCUUGACGUCAGCAAGCCGGACGAGAUCCGCGUGGCCUUCGCGAAGGCAAAGGAGGCGUUUGGGCGGAUCGAUGUCGUCUUCAACAAUGCCGGAUCCGGGCUGAUGAGCGAGGUCGAGGGCACACCGGAUGACGUCGCGCGGGCGAUGUUCGAGGUAAACUUCUGGGGCGCUGCUAAUGUCAGUCAGGAGGCCGUGCGGUUCUUCCGGGAAAUAAACGUGCCUGCAGGCGGCAGGCUCCUGCAGGUAUCGUCGAGCGGAGGUGUACAGGGCCUCCCUGCGAUUGGAUACUACUGCGCCAGCAAAUUUGCAAUCGAGGGCCUGACAGAAGCCCUCGCAGACGAGAUACGACCUGAAUGGAAUAUCAAGGUCACGUUGAUUGAGCUAGGUGGUUUCAUGACCAACGCAGGCCGCAGCAUGGUGCGAUCCGUGCCGCCUCCUGCCUAUAUCGAUAUUGAGCGGAAGAUCGCUACCGCACGCGCGUACCUGACUGUCAAUCCACGGAUGCCCAGCGACGCGACUAAGGGCGCCGCGGCGAUAUACAAGAUGGCGUUGACACCCGACCCGCCGCUCCGGUUCGUGCUGGGGAAAGACUCCCUCGAGAAGGUCAAGAAGAAGGGGGAGAACUUGAUCGCCGCGGCCGAGGCCAGUGCACCUUUCUCGGAAGGCCUCGGGCUAGAUCUUAGCGUACUAUCCGCUAGACGGUAA